UUAUAUAUAUACUCCACAUCUGAAGCCACACCAUCAAACUCAACACUGACCAAAAUGGCCUCACCCCAAACCCCUCUAUCCCUUCUCACAAUUGCACUCCUUUCCCUAAUCCCUCUCUUCAUCUUCUUCUUCUUCAACCGCUCCAAAGGCAAACAACCCAAAGAACCACCAACCAUUCCCGGCGCAUGGCCCAUCCUCGGCCACCUCCCCCUCCUAGCCCGCUCCCCAACCACCCACCACCUCCUCGGCGCCAUCGCCGACGACCACGGCCCCCUCUUCACCAUCAAGCUAGGCACAGUAAAAGCCCUAGUCGUCAGCAACUGGGAAACCGCUAAAGAAUGCUUCACCACAAACGAUGUCGCCGUUUCUUAUCGCCCCUAUGUGGUCGCCACCGAACAUAUGACCUACAACGUCGCCAUGCUAGGGUUCGCGCCAUACGGCCCCUUCUGGCGUGACAUGCGCAAGAACAUCGCCUCUGCCUUCCUCUCCGACCACCGCAUCGACACGCUCUCCCACGUUCGUGUCUCGGAGGUGAGGACCUCGCUGAAGGAGCUUUACAGCAAGUGGACACGUGGCACAGACGGCGGCAAGAGUGAUUUUUUGGCGGUGGAGAUGAAGGAGUGGUUGAAGGAAUUGUCGUUUAAUGUGGUGCUUAGGAUGGUUGCCGGGAAGAGAUAUUUCGGAGAUACCGCGGUGGUUGACGAGGACGAAGCGCAGCGGUGCCUGAAGGCGUUGAGGGAGUACAUGCGGUUGCUGGGGGUUUUCGCGGUGGCCGACGCGGUUCCAUGGCUGAGGUGGUUGGAUUUUAAGCAUGAGAAGGCUAUGAAGGAGAAUUUCAAAGAAUUAGAUGUUGUGGUGACUGAGUGGUUGGAAGAGCACAAGAGGAAAAAGGAUUUGAACGGUGGGAAUAGUGGUGACUUAAUUGAUGUGAUGUUGUCGAUGAUCGGUGGAACCACCAUUCAUGGCUUUGAUGCUGAUACCGUCAUCAAAGCAACGGCAAUGGCAAUGAUUUUGGGAGGAACAGACACUAGCUCUGCUACCAAUAUUUGGACACUGUGUUUGCUAUUGAACAAUCCUCAUACAUUGGAAAAAGUGAAGGAAGAAAUUGACACACACAUUGGGAAAGAGAGAAUUGUAACCGAGGAAGAUAUAAGCAAGUUGGUGUACCUACAAGCUGUUCUUAAGGAGUCGCUGAGGCUAUAUCCAGCUACUCCUCUUUCAGGACCUCGUGAAUUCAGAGAAGAUUGCAAGGUUGGAGAGUACCAUGUGAAGAAAGGAACUAGACUAAUCACAAACUUGUGGAAGAUCCAAACAGACCCUAGCAUUUGGCCAGAGCCCUUGGAGUUCAAGCCAGAAAGGUUUCUCACUACCCACAAAGACAUUGAUGUUAAGGGAAGGCAUUUUGAGCUCAUACCUUUUGGAAGUGGUAGGAGGAUAUGUCCUGGAAUAUCAUUUGGCCUUAGAACAUCUCUUUUGACUUUGGCAAACUUUCUUCACUGCUUUGAAGUCUCAAAGACAUCAAGUGAACCUAUAGAUAUGACUGCUGCGGUAGAAAUUACCAAUGUCAAGGUUACUCCACUUGAAGUUCUCAUCAAACCUCGUUUGUCUCCUAGUCUUUAUGAAAGCAUGUGAUCACAUUAGGGUCUAUGCAUAUGUAUUUGCUUUAUUGGCUGUUGUUGGGCAUGCUCAUCAUCAAUAAAAAUUUCCUUUGCUUCAAAUAAAUAAUAAAAAAAGAUUAGGGUCCAUGGCAUAAGUUUAUAUUA